AUGGCAUCUUCCAACGAAGGCAUUACCCCAGCAAAGCGAGUUGCCGAAAUGUCCGUCGACGAUGUUUCACCCGUGGCUGCUAAGAAACCCAAAUCCGACAAUCCCAAUUCUGCUACUUCCGCCUUAACUGGGUCGAAAAAUGAUACCCAGACCCCAGAAAUGCCUAUACACGAACCAAUUGAGUUCUCACCAUCUCACUCGCACAAGGAUGCAUACGUUCUAGGUACCCACUGUACCUUUGAGGAGCUGCGAUCUCGGCAUCUUGAAUACUUGGCUGAGGAAGAAAGGGCUAUGCAACAGGCCUAUGGAACCCGGAGGCAGUGA